GUUGCAAGCCCCACUAUAUCCCAUUCUCUCUUUUUCUCUUACACUUUAUUUUAUUAGUCUCUCUUCUUUAGAUUCUUUUUCAAAUCCCCUGUUUUCCUCUUACUCUAUUUGGAGUUGUCACUGCCACUUUUUUCACACAGUGGAAGAACAGAAAAGCACAAAGGGGGUUGUUGUGGCUGUAAUUAUUACUUGUAUCUUUAAGAAGCAGCAACGUUUGGAUCAGUUAAAGCUCUUCAAUAAACACAUCUAACUUCUUUACUCUUUUAUUGUUGAGAUGGAGAAGAAGUUGGAUGAUGGUGAGUUUUGGCUUCCUUCACAGUUUCUUACGGAUGAUUUUGGAUCCGGGUUUAACCCGUUUGGAACUCAGUCGGAUCUGAGUUCGCCGGUGGAGUCUGUGAUCGGGUCAGUAGAUACAGAGAGUGAUGAAGAAGACUAUAUUACUGGGUUAACUCAGAAAAUGGCUCACUCUGCACUUCAUGAAUCUGGGUUCGGCUAUGGAAACACAAAGGGUUGGAGUUUAUCAGGUUCGCCUCAGUCGACUUUAUACCGGUGCAAGCAGGGAUCAAGCCAUGGAAGACCAAACUGUCCUUCACAGGUUUCUUCCCCGCCGCCGGUGAACCAAAGCGAUAGGGCUUUUGAUCAAUUUUAUGCGACUGCCGGAGAAGUUGCGAGGAUUAGGAUGAUGGAGGAAGUUACCGGACUUUAUCAUAGUAAAACUGGAUUAUGGGGUAUUGCCGAGAAAAACAGUAGAGUCCCUGUAGCCCCAAAAUACUUAAAUCAGCCCUCGCUCUCUUACCAACAGUUGCAAAUAGCUCAAUUUCAGCGAUUGAAACAGCAACAGAUAAUGAAACAAGGCCAAGGAGUAUUUGUUCAGUAUCCGGUGAACCAGAACCACCAGCAAUUGGCUCAAAGCAGAGGCCAAAAUGGAGCUUCUAGGCCUAUGAAUUCUUCAAUUUCUAGUUGGCCCAUGUUGCAGCAGUCUCAGUUUCACCAGCAGCCUAGCUCAGGCAUGCGUGCUGUUUUUCUGGGAAAUCCAGAUCCUAAAAGGGAGUGUGCUGGAACUGGUGUUUUCUUGCCCAGAAGAAUUGGGACACAAACUGAAACUCGAAAGAAACCAGGGUGUUCAACAGUUUUAUUACCAGACAGAGUGGUCCAGGCCCUGAACUUGAACUUAGAAGCUGUGGAUGUUAGGCAACAGAAUCUUGUUCAAGCCAGAAGUGGCUCAACUCCUUCCGGUGGUUCGCGAUAUCCGAAUAAUAUGGCAGUGGCUCAACCGAGACAUAAUUUGAGAUCAGGAAAUACCUACUCACAACCAGCAACAAUGUCACAAGAGCUACUUCUUCCGCAGGAUUGGACUUACUGACCGAUAAAUGUUGAUGAAGUUUUAGAAGCAGGGGAGAUUUUGUUACUAGUUAUGGAUAGUGGGGUUAGAUAGUUAAGAAUGAUAUAUAUGAUGAAGAAUGUUGGGAAUUAAAAAAAAAAAGAAUAAAAGCUUUUUUAGUUUUAAUAAGUAGUGAAAAGGAGAAACUAGGUUGGGUCAUGUUUUGCUUGGGAUUACAACUUACUUUCUACACUUUUGUUGCCAGUGUCUAUGGGUGUGUUGCAGAAAAAUGAUAUUUAAACCCUCCAUGACCUGGUAUGGCAGGCAGGGGAAUUGAUCAAUAAUUAUACCAUUAAUUAUUUACUAUUA